CCAUAAAGUUAGGAAACAUUUAAAAUAUUUUUAUGACAGAUGGCGCGUUGAUUUGUUUGCUUGUAAUCAGCAGCAAUCACUGACCUAUUAUAUUUCAGUUUACCUGUAGAUUGUUACUUCCUGAGGACAGCGCCACAACAGAUACCAAGAUGUUGCGUGCCCUCAUAUGUGCAGCUUUAUUUAGUUUUGCAUUGUCUGUUGACAUGGAAACAAUUCUUUCAAACAGCAAUGGCUAUAAACUGGAUACAAAAGUAACUUAUUUAAUUGCUGUUCCCCGUAAGAUUCGUCCCAAUCAAGUGAUUCAGAUAUUUACAACCAUUACCCGACUAGAGUAUGGGCCCCUCAUAUUGAAGCUCUCUAUUGUUAGAGAUAACUUUGAGUAUGGUAGAACAACACUGGAAUUCAACAUGCCUGCCAGCCGAAUCAUGCAGUUACAGAUCUCCCAAAAUCUUCCGCCUGGGCAAUACAAAGUGAAAAUUGAGGCCAACCCUAUCAGCAAUCCAAGCAGUCAAGUCUUUACAAGAGAAGCAGACAUCAUGUUUGACGAGAAGUUUGCUUCAGUUUUCAUCCAGACCAAUAAACCUGUCUAUUGCCAAGGUCAAAAGGUAUUUUUCCGGGUGGUACAAGUCUACCCUGAUCUGAUGCCUGUCUAUGGAAGUUUGACAAUCUAUGUUAAGGAUCCAACAGGUUUUGUUGUACGACGAUGGUUAGGUCAGCAAACUAAUGCAGGAGGUAUUGUCAGUGAAAACUUUGAACUAGCAGAUCAACCAAAAUUUGGCAACUGGUCUAUAGCUGUCCAUGCUUCAAAUAUUAUAUAUGAACAUUAUUUCCGUGUUGAAGAAUUUUGGACUCCUCGUUUUGAUGUCAAUGUGACAGUGUCUCCGUAUUUCAUGGAUGAUGUCGAUUCCAUUGGUGGUGUUGUAAUGGCCAACCAUACAAGUGGCAAGGCCACAAUUGGUUCUGCUGUCAUCAAACUGACCAUCGUGCCACCAAACCAAAACUACCGUUACAAUAAAACUAAUGAUCAUUUACCAUUUUUACAGAAAGAGGUGGAAUAUUUCAAUGGACGCAUUGACUUCCGAUUUGGAAUGUCAGAAAUCCUAAACCAAAUGAGGGCAAAAAUGUUCUCAAACCUGAGGGACAGUGAACUUAUAUUUAAUGUAACUGUCUUCGAUUGGUUCUUAGCUAUGUCUCAAAAUGGAUCAGCUACAUCUCACUGUUUUAGCUCCAGAGUCAAACUUCAUUGGGUCGGAGAUGCAGUAAGAAGUUUUAAACCAAAUACACUUGUCUCAGUCACAUUGGCAUUAAUGAAGCAAGAUGGCAGCCGUGUUAACGAUGAGAGGAAGGAAGUAAAUAUGGAAAUUUCUGUGAAGAAUUUAAAUGGCAGAACAUCACCAUUUGCUGCAGAACGCAAGAGGCCUGUAAAAGGUUUUGUUACGUUUGACAUAAAUGUCGGCAGUGAUGUAGAAAUUAUCACGUUUACGGCCUCAUAUGAAGACUCGGAGGAUGCCAAACUGAUAGCAAGCCGAUAUUUUUCUGAAAGCCAGACUUAUAUUUCUGUUACAACAUCUACCAAGAACCCAAUGGUCAAUGAAUUUAUGGUGUUCCAUGUGACAACAUCUGCCUAUGUUGAAAAAGUCUUUUACCAGAUUGUUGCCAAAGGAAAUAUUCUCCUGGGAGAUGAACUUGUGAUGGGAACCAGUCGUCGAAAGACCUUCUCUGUCGCUCUGUCCAGAAGAAUGGUACCCACAGCUCGUAUUGUUGUGUACUUCAUUCGUUCUGCUAAUCAGGAGGUUGUCGUCGAUGUCUUGAAUUUCUUCAUCAAUGGAGCUGCCAAUAAUGAAGUACGAGCAACAUUCAACCGUGGUAAAGAUUUCACUCGAGAUACCAUCGAGAUCAAUGCCUAUGCAGACCCAGGUUCCUAUGUGGCCUUUGCAGCUGUACCCUAUGACCUGUACAUCCGAGGUAUGGGUGCUGGCAUCACACAAAACAAGUUGAUAGACGAGUUGUACACCUAUGAUGAACCUGCCAACAGCACUUACAGACAUUUGUGGCGUGUCAGUGAAGCAGAAUAUAAAUACGUGUUCUUUUCAGCCAAUGGUUAUGGUAUGGAUGCCGAUUCUACUUUCUUGCGAGCUGGUCUUUUAAUCCUAACCGAUGCCAACAUCACUCAAAAGUUCAAUACCUGUAAUACAGACCCCAACUACUAUCCGUGUUACCUGUCCGGUUGCUAUUCUGAGCAACAGAGAUGUGACAAACGCUUCGAUUGUGCUGACGGUGCAGAUGAGCAUGAAUGUAAAUAUGAAACAAAAGAAAAGUUAAUAACUGAUAUUGAUCGAGUCAGCAGAGUCCAGCGAUUCUAUGAUGAUAGUUCUUGGAUUUGGCAGGAAUAUUUUGUAAAGCCUGAUGGACGAGUUGAUUUCCGAAUUAAAACACCAAAAUACCCACUUACUUGGGUGAUGCAUGGCCUUUCUAUCAGUCGAGAUUUGGGUCUUGGAAUUAUGGCAGCACCAGUUAUGUAUGAUGCUUCUCGAUACAUGUACAUACAAGUGGAAGCUCCCACUUACGUUGUCAGGGGAGAACAGAUUGGAUUCCGAGUUACAGUCUUUAACUUUUGGGACAAAGAUGACUUCAUUGAGGUGUUGGUUACUGCUCAUGCUUCUCCAUAUCAUAAAUUUGUCCUUGUCGGAGAGUUAGGUUUAGUUCAGUCAUACAGUCCAGAACUCGCUGAUGGUGACAUGCAGACUAUAGUCUUUCUGGAACCAGGACAGUCCAAAGACAUUUACAUGCCUGUUAUUCCAAUUAUUCAAAACGGCUGCUUUGAUGUAGAAAUCAGUGCCUCGUGUUUCAUGGAAAGGGACUUCGUCAUACAUAGAGUUUGUGUGAAAUCUGAUGGCAUUCUCAAUUAUUACCACAUUCCCUACUUGGUGGACUUGAUCACUCAGGCGUCGGUCAUUGUACCAAACUUUGAUAUUCCAAUUAAUGCCCAGUUUAUUCAACCAGAACAAAGAGAACAUGAUUACGUUCCAGGUUCUGGUAAAGCUGCUAGUUAUAUCUUUGGUGAUGUUGUUACCCCUGGAUUCUUUGAAGAAUACCUGAAUGCGGAAAACUUACUUUAUCGACCUUAUGGUGUGGCUGAGAAUAUUGCCUUCAACUUUGCGUAUAAUGUCCUGACAUUGAAAUUCAAAAAAGCCAGUAAGCAACUGAGUGAUGAAACUUUAAGAACUUCUUUGAAAUACCUGAAUAUUGCCUUGCAAAGAAUCCUGAGUUACAUGAAUGAAGAUGGCUCUUUCAGUAUGUCUCGUGACCGUCAAAAGAAAAGUAUUUGGCUAACAGCAUUUAUUGUGAAAACACUUUAUGCUGCUCGUGAAGGAGAAUGGGAGAAUGAUUUCUUUGUUCCAUUGGAGCUUAUUAAGACGAUGGUUUCAUGGCUUUGCUCUCAGCAGAAUAGCACUGGCGUUUUUGAUACCGAAUAUUAUGUCUACGAUCGUAAAAUGUCUUCAAGAACUUCAUGGCAAAAUAGCAUACUCCAAAUGGAUCCUAUGGCUCUCACAGCCUAUGUCUAUAUCGCUCUACACAGUGUCAGCAAAGGCACAAAUGAUGCCGGCCCCUGUGCUGUGACUGCUCGUAAUACAGCUGCUCAGUACCUCUCACAGCAUUCUCACACAAUAAAAGAUGAAGACAUUUUCACAUUGGCCAUUACCACUUAUGCUUUGUCCUUAUCUAAUCAGAAAAGUGCCGCAAUUUAUGACAGACUCUGGAAACUGCAUAAAGGAGAUGAGGAAAAGUAUUUCUCCGAACCUGACCGUCCAAUCCCAGCAAAUCCAUCUAAGACAAUUGACAGCAUUCGUUACUUGGAACCUCGUAUCGAGCAAAUCAAUGAUGCGUUCAGUGUACAGACCACGGCUUAUGCCCUGCUAGCACAUAUUAAACUGAACCGAGGGAAAGAAAACCGUGAUUCCUUAAUGAAAUGGCUGAACUCAAUGAGGAACACUGUUGGUGGGAUGUCCUCUACCCAGGACACCAUCACUGCCUUGGAAGCCCUCUAUCAAUACACCCAAGUGGAUCCCAAUCGAAAUGUCUUCAAUAUGAAACUCGAUGUCUGGUCAGUGGCCAAUAACAACUCGAAGCAGCUGGUUUAUAUGACUCAAAACAACUACACACAUAUGAGUGUUGUUAAGGUUGGACCUCACGUUUACAGUUAUGUCAGAGCUCAAAUUCUGGGAACGGGACGAGCAAUGUUUCAGCUGACCAGUACAGUUAAUGUAGAGUACUUACAUCAGCUGAAGCAGAGCCCAGAAAGUGACAUAUAUGAUAUAAAGAUUGCCCAAUUAAAGUUCACUGGUCGAAAUGAUUCCAUCAUGGACAUGAAGAUCUGUGUAAGCUGGAAAUUUACAACCUGGUCAUUGGUUUCAGGGAUGUCCGUUUUGGAAGUUGACAUUCCUACUGGAUAUGUGAUAUUAAACUCAACCCUUAGACAAUACGUACAAAGCGGUGUUGUACCAAACCUUAUACGAGCAGAAAGUUACAAUCGUAAAAUUGUAUACUACUUCGAUUCGCUUGACCAGAGCUCCUCUUGUGUAGACUUCCGAGCCAAUCGUUGGUACCCUGUUGCUAAUGCUACCAUACAGCACAGGAUUCGUGUCUAUGACUACUAUGAACCAGGGCUUUACCGAACAACUUUGUACAUCACCAACAACCUGUUCCAACUGAAUAUUUGUUAUGUGUGUGGUUCCUUCCAGUGUCCUUACUGCCCUCAGUUCAACACAGCAAACAUCAUCAAGUGUACGAUCACCAUCUUCUGCCUUCUCCUUACUAUGUUCCUACAACGCUACAUGUUGCGGACAUCUUGAAACAUUUAAUAAUGUCCUUCAACUUUAAUACACACAUCCACAUACACACAAGUAAAUAGAAAUGGUAAACAAAGGAGAGAAUAUAUUAUUUUCCCAUUGAUUUAGUAAUCUUUUGUAAAAACCAAAAA